AUGAUUUCGAUAGUCAGAUCAAACGGGUUUGCGUUUCUAACGAAUACUACAAAACUGACACGCUGUUUAUGCUCUCAUCACUUGGUAGAUCAUGCAUCGACGGAGUUGCAGGAAGUUAUUCGGAUUGUUUCUUCCCACAUUGGUGGUCUUGAUGAACUUGAAGAACACUUGAACAAUGUUUCGGUUUCUCCAUCACCCAACUUCGUUACCCAAGUGAUUGACUCCUGCAAGAACGAGACUUCACCGAGAAGGCUUUUGAGAUUUUUCUCCUGGUCUUGUAAACACCUUGGUUCCAGUUUACAGGACAAGGAAUUCAACCAUGUCCUAAGAGUUUUGUCUGAGAAGAAGGACUACACAGCUAUUCAGAUACUCUUAUCAGAUCUCAGGAAGGAGAAUCGGGCCAUGGAUAAGCAAACGUUUAGCCUCGUUGCUGAAACUCUGGUUAAGAUUGGCAAAGAAGAAGAUGCAAUAGGUAUCUUCAAGAUCUUGGACAAGUUCUCUUGCCCACGAGAUAGCUUCACAGUGACGGCUAUCAUAAGCGCGCUCUGCUCAAAAGGACAUGUGAAGAGAGCAUUGGGAGUUAUGCAUCAUCACAAGGACUUAGUAUCCGGUAACGAGUUGUCUGUGUACAGGAGUCUUUUAUUCGGUUGGUCGGUCCAAAGAAACGUGAAGGAGGCAAGAAGAGUUAUACAAGAUAUGAAAUCAGCAGGGAUUGCUCCGGAUUUGUUCUGCUACAACACAAUGCUUACCUGCCUAUGCGAAAGAAACGUUACUCGAAACCCUUCUGGUCUUGUCCCUGAGGCUUUGAACAUUAUGUUGGAGAUGAGGUCUUACAGAGUCCAACCUACGUCUCUUAGUUACAACACACUGCUUUCUUGCUUGGGAAGGACGAGGAGGGUGAAAGAGUCUUGCCAGAUUCUUGAACAGAUGAAGAGAUCGGGGUGUGAACCCGACACAGCUAGCUAUUACUUCGUUGUGAGGGUUCUGUAUUUGACAGGGAGGUUUGGUAAAGGCAACCAAACAGUGGAUGAGAUGAUUGAGAGAGGGCUGAGACCCGAACGCAAAUUCUACUAUGAUCUGAUUGGAGUUCUUUGUGGUGUCAAGCGGGUGAAUUUCGCGCUUCAGCUGUUUGAGAAGAUGAAGAGAAGCUCUGUGGGUGGUUAUGGUCAGGUUUAUGAUCUGCUCAUACCAAAACUAUGUAAAGGAGGAGACUUUGAGAAAGGAAGGGAGCUCUGGGAAGAGGCAAUGUCACUUGGUGUUACGCUUAGUUGCUCCGUUGAGCUGCUUGAUCCUUCAGUCACAGAGGUUUUCAAACCCAUGAAGAAGAGAGAAGAGGCUGCAUUGGUGGAUCCUCGUGCACUCAACUUAAAGAUUCGUCCUAAGAUGGAUAGAGCCAAGCCGAAAGUGAAACCAAAACCGAAACGCAGGAGCAAGACGAAGAAGAACAUAUGAUGUAUGUGUAUCACAAGAUAAAACAAUGCAGAAGCAAUGAGUGAACUUUAGAUUCUAUUGUUCUUUACAUUAACGACAAGAAUCUCUGUGUGAUCUUUGUCUCGUUGAUUCUCAUUAUUCAAACUUGUAGUUUUAAGCUACUAAUCAAUUCGAAUGUUUCUUCUCUA